AUGUUCUCCGGCGAAGGACUCUCGUUUGAAAGCUGGAUUAAGCAAGUAGAGGGCAAGUUCGAGGAGGACAACGAUACUUUCGCCUCUGAGAAGACGCGGAUCAACUUCGUGAUUACGCGUCUCGAGGGCACCGCGUAUAAGACCGUAGAAGGACGCCACCACUCGCUGACUCGGCCUUUCACAACAUUGGCCGAACUAAUCCAGGUCCUCCAGACAGCGCACACAAACCCAAACAAAGGCGCCGACGCCCGCGCCCAGCUGCGUGUCUGCAAAUACGAUUGGAAGAAGGACUUCAAUAUUUUCUUGGGGGAAUUCAACUCCAUGUACGAGGCGGCGGGGUACCAACCUUCAAUGCAGAAACAGACCCUGUGGGACUCUCUUCCUGCUCCGGUCAACCAAGCGGUGGUCGAGAGGGUCUACGAUACGAAAGUGCGCUACGAGGACUUCUGCAACCACGAAGACCGUGGAGAGCAGGCGGCCCCAGUCAGCGCAGCGACAACCAACACCGCCACGGGCAAGGGCAAGGUUUGCGACCCAGACUCGAGCAGUUCGGAGUCGGAAAACGAGUAG